AUGGGCAACGCGGCGGAGGGCGGCGAUGUCAACGAGGCCCUCCUGGACGGCGCUAGGUACGGGGAGCUGGAAGAGGUCAUGGCCGCGCUCCGAGACGGCGCGGACGUGAACCACAAGGACGAGUGGGGCGGAAAGACAGCGCUGCACGCCGCCGCCGCGAACGGAUCGGAGGACGUGUGCCUGGCGCUGCUGCAAGCCGGGGCGAACGUGAACGCGCAGAACGAGUCCGGCAACACCCCGCUGCACUGGGCCUGUCUGAACGGCCAUGUCGGCGUCGUCAGACUCCUGAUGGCCAAGGGCGGCAACCCCACGGUCUGCAACUCCGCCGACAGGACCCCCGUCGACGAGGCGCUGUCGGGGGGGCACGACGCGAUCGUGCAGGAGAUCGGCGAGGCGAUGAAGGACGCGGAGGCGCUGCCGGGCGUCGAGGCGAACGUGGAGGUCACGAUGGAGGAGGAGGGCCGGGACGUGGGGGACGGGCAGGACGACGAGCAGGGCGCGGCGGACGCGGGCGCGGACCCGGCGGCGGCGAGUUGA